ACUCCGAAAAUCUGGGACUUAAAUCAGAACAGGCGACACGAGCAAGCCGAUCACACCUACAGAACUUUACCAAGUAUAAUUUUUUAAAAUUUUGUAAUAUUUUUACAACUGUCGUUAAUAACAAUUAAGAGUUAAAAAUGAUGUCCCACACUCGAUGCCUCCGUUGGAGGAACUUUUACUUUGUAAAUAACUUGGCAUACACCGAGGAUCGCGCAGUGGUGAGACGGCUGAAGGUCUUGGCCUUCACGAGCCUGUCCACUCGGGAUGUUUGGGAUCACUUUUCCAGAGACGGAACGAUGAAGGUCGAAGAGGUGCAAUGGGAUGAGCGUAUGCUAGUGGGAUCGGUGCUGUUUAAAGACGCCACAGACGCGUCUAAGACUUUGUGCAGCUGGUCGUUAAGCCACAAUGAUUACAAGUUGUACUUGUGGGCCAGCAAUACCUGGGAGCAACCAGAGGAGGAGGACGCUCCGGGCUCCGUGAGUGCAUACGACCUGCCGCUGGUCGACGACAUUUGGCGCAAGGUGAUCGACUACUUGCCCCUGAAAGAUUGUCUCGCCUUUUCCGCAAGCUGUCGAAAAUUCCAUGCGAUCUACGAACAAGCGUGGAAACAAAAGAGUCGGGUACUCGAUAUGUGGGAAGUCGGCAAACUGACGAAAUUGGGAUUAAGGCGAUUGAUGCGCCUCUCGGGUGAACACAUUCACCGUUUGGAAGAUGGACCUCCAAAGGACUGGCCGUAUCUGAAGUAUUUUGUUAAAUGGCUGCGCUUUAGCUGUCCCAACUUAAGAGAGCUUAGUUUAAGUGACCCGAGGCUCACUGCCAGCAGAAUACAUUUGCUGCUGUACAAUAGUUCGCAGCACAUUACCGAUCUUACGCUGUGCGAAUGCAAUCUCAGAGAUAAAUAUCUGAUAAACUUAAAAUAUCUCAGCACGCUAAAGAAUCUGGACGUGCAGCAGAAUCAGGGUCUUCGGGGAUUAUUUUUGCGAUAUCUGCCCUUUUCGCUGGAGAAGUUGAAUGUUUCCGAUUGCCAGAACCUUAAGGCCCAGCGAUUUAGCACUAUAAAAAGGCUUCCCCUGCUUCGCGAACUGCGCUGCCAGCGAAUUUGUACAACCAAUUUUAACCGUGAGUGGAUGGACAUGCGUGACCGGGUGCGGUUGCUCACAAAUUCCUUUGUCUAUCAACAUUUGGUGGAGAGGUGCCCUGCGAUCGAGGUGCUUGAGGUGACCGUGUGUCCGUACUUGGACGAACCGCAGAUUGGCCGCUUCCCCCACCUGCACACCCUGCUCCUUGGACCCUUGGAGCUGGAGUCGUCACCCUACCAGGUGAACAACUUGCUGCUCUCGGCCCUCGUUGAAGUGGCUUCGUUGCGGCAUCUCCAGCUCCCGAUGGCAGGAAAAGGUUUCUUGAGUACCUCUGGCCUCGAGAUCAUUUGCCGGAUGAAGCAACUACGCACUCUGAUUUUAUGCCAUCAGGACUUUGCGGCAAAUAAGCUGAAAGGACUGCGAAGCCUUGGCGCUUUGGAAUUUCUGGAUUUGACCGGUUCACGAAAUCUCUCGAACCAGAUCACCGUCCAGUUGACCAAUUCGCUCAGCAGACUUCGUCGGCUGAACGUCCGGUGGUGUCCCCUUAUUACAGGAGAGCUGUUCGAUAUCCUCAAGGUGGAGAAGCCCAUGCUUCAAGUAGUAGACUAUUUAUUAUAGUUUUACUUCCGCUGGAAAACAUUUCUGAAUGAGAAAGUAUGGGAAUCGUUAUUGAAUUACCAAGGAAUCUUAUGCGCAA